UUAAGUAGGUCAGAGGUCGAGAGGGACGACGCCAGCAUUCAGAGUUGCGAGGUGAAAACUGUUGUUGUCGUCCGUAUUUUGCGCACAAAGUGACCACCAUGUUGGAACUCCUGCCUUUCUCCACUACCUGGGUGCUGGUGGGACUGUGUGUGGUCCUGUUAUACCUGUAUCUGGUGUGGCCCUUCUCGACAUUCAAGAAGCUGGGCAUUCCUGGCCCGAAACCGUACCCGCUGUUUGGAAACUACUUGGAGUACGGGAAGGGAGCCCACCUGUUUGACAAGGAAUGCUACGAGAAGUACAACAAAGUCUUUGGGUAUUUCGAAGGGAGAACACCAAAUCUGAUGGUGGGUGACUUGGAACUCGUCAAGGAUAUCACAGUGAAGGAGAUCAACAAGUUUACCAACCGACGGGUGUUUGACGGCCAAGGCGAGAUUUUCAGCCAUGCCAUGACCAGCCUGUUGGAUGGAGAUUGGAAACGCGUCCGGAGUGCCGUUACACCCACAUUCAGCUCCGGAAAACUCAAGCAGAUGGCGGUGCACAUCGAGAGAGCUGCGGACGGCCUCGUGGCCAACCUUGCGGAGAAAAAGAAAGAUGGAGUCGCUUUUGACAUGAAAGAUCUUUCUGGCGGCUUCACUAUGGACGUGAUCUCCAGUACUGGGUUCGGAGUGGAGGUGGACUCUCUACGCAACCCAAACCAUCCUCUCGUCACCAGUGCCAAAAAGUUCUUCAGCUUCAACUUCUACGACCCUAUGAUCAUAAUCAUUUUUUUGUUCCCCUCUCUCGGCUGGCUCCUCGAGCGCCUAGGAUAUUCCCUGGUUAACGCACAGGCCACCAGAUAUUUCAGCGAAGCGGUCGACACGGCGAUUAGCAUGCGGGAGAACGAUUCGAAUGGCGCGAGACCAGUGGACCUCCUUCAGCUGAUGCUUCAAGCUCACAACCAGGAACUGGACGGAAAAGUCCCCGAAGGCACCACCAAGAACGGCAUCUCUUCGAAGGAGAUCAAAGCAAAUGCCAUCCUCCUAUGGGUGGCCGGAUACGAGACUACAGCCAACACCCUGACCCUCACAGCCUACAAUCUGGCUCUGAACCAGGAAGCGCAGGACAGAGUUAUCGAGGAGGUGGAUGCUGUCAUUGAGAAGAGGGGGGCGCUGGACUACGAAGCUGUCAAUGAGCUGCCGUACAUGGAGAUGUGUAUCCAGGAGACCCUGAGGAUGUUCCCUGCUGCUAUGAGGUUUGACCGCGUCUGUAAGGAGGAUACGGAGGUGAAGGGUCUGCACAUACCAGCAGGAAUGAUCGUGAACGUUCCCGUGUACCCCAUCCACUACGAUCCCGACAUCUGGCCGGAACCCGAGAAGUUCAAGCCUGAGAGGUUCAGUAAGGAAGAGAAGGAGGCCCGUGACCCGUACGCCUACCUGCCGUUCGGCUCCGGACCCAGGAACUGUGUGGGCAUGCGUCUGGCCCAAUUGGAACUCAGGUUCGCUCUGGCCAAAAUCCUGCAGAAGUUCCGCUUCGUCACCUGCGACAAGACUGUGAUCCCUGUCCGCCUGCAGAACACCUUGGGCAACCAGAUAGAGGGCGAGCUCAUGCUGAAGGUGGAAGCUCGGAGUUGAGAAGUGAAUCGUUCCGAGUUUAGCCUAAAGCCCCGGCCACAUGCAUCGUACGGUGUUUUUUUCACAACGAAAUCGUACGCCAUAGGUUUGAGAAGAAACGGAUGGAUCCUCAAAAUUGCGUGAAAUGGCUGGUUGGAUGGAGGAAUGAUUUAAACCCCACUUCUGACACCAGUUUGAUUUUUUAAUUACUGCUCCCGUUUUUUUUAUCAAACCCACGACAAUUCGCACAAUCGUUGCGUGGAAUGAUUGUUGUGGGUGUAUCGUACGAUGUAUGUGACCGUGGCUUAAACAAACUGGGAACAACAUACGUGUUUAGUGGUUUGACCUGUUGAUUUCUGACAGUAGCGAGUGUUUGCUUUUGUGUUGAAGGUUGUUGAGUGUAGAUUAGCGAUAGGCGUUUUUGACUUAUAUAAUGAAUGGAUGAAUUUUAUUGCUCAACAGUUUAUAAUGUGUAGGUACAAUGCAUGUUUUGAGGGUUGCUGAGUGUAGGUUAGUGAAUGCGUUUUUGACUCAUAAUGCAUGGAUGGAUUUAUUGCUCGAUAGCUGUAAUGUAUUGGUACAAUGUAUGGUAGCACUGAUAGAACAAUUGAUACAAUGAUACUAACCCAUUAAAACUAUGGGAACAUGAAUAUGGCCAUAAAUGGCAUAUUGGCAUAAUGUACGUUAAACGUUUCCAUCUGUUACCAUACAUUUUCUCUUUUGUAAAGCCUUCAAUAUAUAUUGGUCUAAGUGCUAUAUUGAUUUAUAUAAUUAGAUUUGAGAUGUUUCUGUGUACUAGAUUUACAUGUGAUCGUACUCUUCGUAAUUUCGUCUUCAUAAUUUUCGUCCAUCAAUAGUUAUGUUAUUGAUUCAUAAUUGGUUUGCGCACAACUGUAGGUAUAGUUUUGUAAAAUUAUGAAGGAGCUCAUUCCACACUUACCAUGUUUUAGAUCACGUUUCUUCCGUUUGUACUUUAUAUUGAGAGUCGUUAAACCUUUGUUGUUACCGCAUACAUAUAUUCUGUACUUAGGAUGACGUUAUCCACACAUGUAUUUAGCUUUGU